AUGGCGGCGAGCUUGCGCACAAAUACUGCGACGACGGCGCUUCGGCCGCUGACCUCGGUGCUGCGACCGGCUGCGGGCCGAACGGCGGCGGCGCAGUACCUCCUCCCCCAUGUUGCGCGACGAUACAAGUCCGGUCCGUACGGGUAUACCCAGGCCAAGGCGCUCGUGUUCUCCAAGGAGGGCGAGCCCAGCGACGUUUUGCAACUACACACACACUCCAUCUCCCCCUCGAUCCCCUCCUCCGCCGUCCUCCUGCGCGCCCUCGCGGCCCCCAUCAACCCGGCCGACAUCAACACCAUUCAGGGCACGUACGGCGCCAAACCCCCCUUUACGCAACUCAUCGGCACGCCCGAACCCUCUGCGAUUCCCGGAAACGAGGGCGUCUUCGAGGUCGUGUCCGUGGGAUCCAAGGAUUCCGGGCUGAGCAAGGGCGACUGGGUGAUUCCCAACGCCAGCUCGUUCGGGACGUGGCGCACGCACGCUGUCGCUGAGUCGAAGGAUGUGAUGAAGGUUAGCAAGGAAGGGUUGACCCCUACGCAGGUUGCGACGGUUAGCGUGAACCCGUGUACGGCGUACCGGAUUUUGAGGACGUACGGGCCGGGGGAGAUUCGUGCGGGGAGCGAUGGGGGCAUGAAGGCUCUUGAUCCGGGGAGUGGCGGGUGGUUUAUUCAGAAUGGGGCGAAUAGCGGUGUUGGAAGGGCGGCGGUGCAACUGGGUAAGUUGUGGGGGUUGAGGAGUAUCAACGUCAUUCGGGAAAGGGAGACGCCCGCCGAGACGGAAGCGUUGAAGGAGGAGUUGACGGGGUUGGGCGCCACCGUCGUGGUGACGGAGAAGGAGUUUCUGGCGAGGGAGUGGCGGGAUCGGCUUGCGGAGCUGACCCGCGGAGGGAGGGAGCAGGUCGGGCUCGGGUUGAACUGCGUGGGCGGGAAAUCGGCGACGGCGGUGGCGAGGAGUUUGGGGGAGAGCGGGACGAUGGUUUCGUACGGCGGGAUGGCGAGGCAGCCCGUCAUGCUGCCUACGGGGUUGUUGAUAUUCAAGGAUAUCAGGUUUGUCGGGUUCUGGUUGAGCAAGUGGAACGAGAGGGAUCCUACGGGGAGGAAGUUUGCGAUUGGGGACGUGUUGGGGAUGAUCAGGGAGGGCAGGUUUAAAGAUGUCCCUGUCGAAGAGGUUCCUUGGAGCUGGGGUACUGAGGAGGGGUUUUUGCAGAGUGCCGUUCAGGGGACGCUUGGUGGGUUUAGGAAGGGCAAGGGGGUUUUUGUUUUUGGGGAGACGUGA